AUGCUACGUGCAUUAUUAAAGUCGAGAGCUGCAUUUCCUAAACAGCUUGUUCGCGGAGUUACAGUUACAUAUAUAAAUACACGCACUUAUCAAACACGUAUUCAAAGAUUACAUCAUGAUGGAAUUGAUUUGAACCAGCAAUCAGUUGAAAUAAAUCCUGUUGAACAUAUUCGUCGAUGUACAUUCUACAAAGAUCUUGACAUUUGGACAUUAUACAAAACCAUUUGUCCAAAUGUACGUACACUCGGUGAUGUUUUAUAUGAAGGUUGUGUAGCUUCAAACAAUGGUCAAUGCGUAGGCAUUUUGCAAUCAUCGAACAGUACAGAAUCAAUACAAUGGCUAUCCUAUUUAACGGUAAUUGAAAGAAGUCGCAUCAUUGGUUCAUAUCUAUGGACAUCUGCAAAACUAAAACCGAUGCAGUCAAAAGUGGCGAUUAUUUCAUCGAAUCGACCUGAAUAUUUAUUUGUUGAGCAAGCCUGUUAUAUGUAUGGAUUUAUUCUUGUGAAUCUCUAUACUAGUUAUGAUUCGGCGACUAUUAUGAGUCUAUUGAAUCGAACUAAAGCUGAAGUACUUGUUGUGGAUAAUAUUGAACGUAUUCAAUCAAUUCAAAAUGAUCUAUUGAAAAAUGAUCAACUUAAGGAGAUCAUUGUUAUGGAUGACGUAAUCUGUGAUAAGCAGAGUAAAAUACGAAGUAUUUCAUCAAUCUUGAAAACAAUGAAAACCAAUGAUAUACGUGAACGACCGAACAUCGAACCAGACAAUAUUGCAACAUUUAUUAUGACAAGUGGAACAACAGGUGAACCUAAAAUUGUUAUGUUAUCGCAUGAAAAUCUUUUGGCAGCAUCAAAAGGUAAUAUUCUUCGUCUAGAACGAGCUAAACUCAAAGGAUCCGUUACAAUUCGACAUUGUUCACUAUUACCAUUGGCUCAUAUAUUCGAACGAUUCAUUCUUCUGGGAGUUUUUCUACGCGGUACUCAAGUAGUAUUUUGUCCAACACCCGAAAAAUUUGUUGAAUAUCUUUCCAUUGUAAAACCUACUCAACUUACAGUUGUACCUCGUAUUCUCAACAAAAUUUACGAUACAGUCAUGAUCGAAGUUAGUAAAAGUAAGAUAAAACAAUAUCUUGUUCAGCAAGCAUUAAAUAGUGAAGAAUCAUGGUGGUUAUCUCGGUUGAUUUUUCGUAAAGUCAAAGAAUUAUUCGGUGGUGAAUUAAAAGCAAUGUUUACUGGAGCAGCACCAAUGACAGCUGAUGUAUGGCAUUUUUUUCGUAUUGCACUCGAUAUACCUAUUAUGACUGGAUACGGACAAACAGAAUCGACAGCUUGUGGUACCAGUACUCAUGCUCCUGAUAUGUCUUGUGGCACAAUUGGUUCGCCUGUUGCUACUGUCGAAAUCAAACUAAUCGAUGUACCAGAUACGAAUUAUCGAAGUGAAAUGAAUCAAGGCGAAAUCUGCAUUCGAGGUCCGACUGUCUUCAAAGGUUACUAUAAUGAUGAAGAAAAGACACGUGAAACAAUAGAUCAAGAAGGUUGGUUACAUACAGGCGAUGUUGGAGAAUGGACAAGUAAUGGAGCAUUGCGCAUUAUUGAUCGUGCCAAAUAUAUAUUUAAAUUAAGUCAAGGUACAUAUGUUGCUCCAGAACGUCUUGAAGAUAUUUAUAUGCGUUCUCGAUGGAUUGCACAGAUUUUUGUCGAUGGAAUUUCAACAGAAGAAACAGUAGUAGCCAUUGUCAUUCCAGAUGAACAGUACGUACGAAAAAAUUUUAAAUCAGCACAAGCGACAAUGACAUUUUCGGAAGUGUGCAAAGAAGACGAAUUGAAACAGAUUAUUUUGUCUGAUUUAAUUCGUUUGGCUAAAGAAAAUAACCUUAAAUAUUUUGAAACUAUGAGCAAUAUCUAUCUUUAUUCCGAACCAUUCUCACUCAAGAAUAGUCUACUUACCAUGACACUCAAAACACGUCGAAUGAAUGCUCGAAAACAAUUUCAGACAAUCAUUCAAUCACUGUAUA